AUGUAUAAGAUUUAUUUAUUUAUUUUAUUGUUGUGUAUUUUAACUGUUCAUACGUAUCAAGAUGAGAAUGAUGGUGAUGAUGAUUAUGAUGAAUUUAUUGAUAUUGGUGUGCGAUUAACUGGUGACAAUCGAGAUUAUCUUAUAGCAGAUCUUAUUGCAGAAGAGAAAAAUUUAUUUAAUGCUGGAGAUAUUCCUGGUAUUGGUUUACAUCAUUUUCGUAUUGAAAGAAAACAUGGUCGAAGAUCUAAACGUGCAAUUGAUGAAACAAUUGAAGAUUUAAAACAUGAUGAACGAAUUGAAUUUGUAACUGUAGGUGAAUCAUUAGAAAGACAAAAGCGAGAGUUCACAAACGAUGAUGAAUUAGAAGAAUUAUAUAAACAAUAUCGACGUUGGAAAUAUGACCAAUUACCUAUUGAUAUGGACUUAACUAUAGAUAAUUCUUCAUUUAAAAUGUCUUUUGAUGAUACUUAUUAUCGAAAACAAUGGUAUUUGGAAAACGAAGGUCAAUUAAAUACUCCAGCCAAUCAUGAUAUUAAUGUUAUUCCAGCAUGGUUAGCAGGAUAUUCUGGUAAAGGUGUAACAAUUUCUAUAAUUGACGAUGGUCUCGAUCAUAAACAUCCAGAAUUGAUUGAUCGAUAUCAACCUCAGUUAAGUUAUGAUUUAAAUGAUCUUAACGAUACUGAACACGAUCCAAGUCCAAGAACUUACGAUAGUUCAAAUAAUCAUGGCACUCGUUGUGCUGGAGCAUCAUCUGGUAAAGCAAAUAAUGGUAUUUGCGGUGUCGGAGUUGCUUAUAAUUCAAAUAUUGCUGGUAUUCGACUGCUUGACGGGCGUAUUACAACAUUGUUGGAAGCACGUGCACUAACACUAUUUGCUGUUAAUACAUCUAUAAAAAGUGCAUCAUGGGGACCAACUGAUGAUGGAACAAAGAUGGAAGCACCAGGUGCACUUGUCAAUGCUGCUUUAGAUUAUGGUGUUACACAUGGACGCCAUGGUAAAGGUAUACUAUUUGUUUGGGCAUCGGGUAAUGGUGGAACAGCUGGUGAUGAUUGUGGUGCUGAUGGAUACGUAUCUCAUCCGAAUGUAAUUUCAAUUGGUUCAAUAAAUCAUUUGGGUAAAACAACCUAUUUCGGUGAAUUUUGUCCAUCGACAAUGGCCGUUGCUUAUACUGGUGGUCGUCAUGCACGAUCGAUACGUGAACCAUUUAUACCAGUAGGUGUUGUUGCUGCUGAUGUUGGUGGAAAAUGUACUACAAAAUUUUUUGGUACAUCUGGUGCUGCACCAGUUGUUGCUGGGGGCUUAGCACUUGUACUUGAAGCUAAUCCAGAGUUGAGUUAUCGUGAUGUGAUGCAUAUCAUAGCUGAAACAGCUCGUAUACCAAGUUUAUCCGAAACAGAUGACUGGAUAAUUAAUGGAGCCGGUUUUCAUGUUAGCGAUAAAUUUGGUUUUGGCGUAUUAGAUGUUGGACAAAUGAUUGGUUUAGCACAAAAUUGGACAAAUGUUAAUCCAAGAUAUGAUUGUUAUCAUGAAUACAAAGGUUCUAGUCUUCCAUUAGGUAUUGGUGCUACUGUUGAAAUGCAUAUUGAUGUCGAUAAAUGUGAGAAUGUAACAAGUCUUGAACAUGUCCAAGCUAAUGUAUCCUUUACUUUUCAUCGUCGUGGUGAUAUCAAAAUUACAUUAAUAUCACCAAGUGGAACACCUUCGGAAUUACUUUCCUAUAGAGAUCCUGAUGCUUCGAACAAAGGCAUAAAAUAUUUUCCAUUUAUGUCUGCACAUAAAUGGGGUGAAUCUCCAAUCGGUCGUUGGACAUUACGUAUGGAAACUCGUUCACCACAAAAUGAAGGAUCCAUUAAGUCAGGAUCUUUCGAUGAUACAGGUGAAAUAAGCUAUUUUGGAUUACGUUUGUACGGUUCCUAUGCAUCGCAUGACGAGAAAAAUAAUAUUCAAAAACGUCAAGAUUCAAACGCAUUUGUACCAACACAACGUGAAUUAGAAUGGAUAUAUAAACGAGAAUUAUCAAUACGCCAAUCACCCAAUGUUAUGCAAAAACGUGAUUAUCAAAAUGUAAUGGAUGAAAGACAAGCUCCUAAAGAAAAUUCUCAGCAAUCUUUAUUUUCCUCAUUUCGUAAAACAUUUGGUUUUUAA